AUGGCGUCAACCAAACCCUUACAAUGUCCAGCCCUAGCCGGACUAAACGCCUUCACUCGCCCUCUAACCGCCACAGACCUCAAGUCUUGCGUAACAGUUGAAAGCGCAUUCUUCUUAUACCGGCUCAACCGAACCCCGGAACUCUGCCUCGGCCUCUUUAUAAAAACAGAUAACACGGAACAACUCAUUGCCAACGUUAUCGGGAUUCGAUCCCUCUCGACAACAAUAACCGAAGGCUCUAUGAAGAUGCCCAGUAACUGGCAGUCUCACUCCCCCUACGACCCUGUAAUAAUAGAUGGAGAGGUCAUUCGCAAUGAUCCGCGGGGUACUAAUAUCGCCGUUCAUUCGGUUGCAGUUCUACCUGCGUAUCAAGGGACGGGGGUGGGAAAUUAUCUUGUUAAGGAGUAUGUGGAGUAUAUCCGGAAUGCGAAAAUAGAGGCAGAUCGAAUUGUGUUGAUAUGUCAUGACUAUCUGAUCCGGUUCUAUGAGAGUGCGGGAUUUGUGAAUCGGGGGCUGAGUCGGUGUCAGUUUGCCGGUGGGGGGUGGGUUGAUAUGGUGCUGGAGCUUUGA